CUUGGUGGUAUUAUGGCAUGUAGAAGUGUUGGAGGCGCCGCCGGAGGUGGUAUCUGGGUAUUACCGUCGCUCCGACUGAAAGAGGAUUUCGAGGGAGAGCAAUAGAGACGUGAUCUGGGCUAGAAGGGACCGGAGGUCCGUAGAUUGCGUGGCUAGAGAGGCCGGAGGUAAGUGGCUGUAGAAGUCGGGCGGACCCGGAAUCCAGAGGAAACGGGACCAUGACUUAUGCUUAUCUCUUCAAGUACAUCAUCAUCGGGGAUACAGGUGUGGGGAAGUCAUGUCUCCUCCUGCAGUUUACAGACAAGCGGUUCCAGCCGGUCCACGACCUCACAAUAGGUGUGGAAUUUGGGGCGCGUAUGGUCAACAUCGAUGGAAAACAAAUCAAACUGCAAAUCUGGGACACGGCUGGGCAAGAAUCUUUCCGUUCUAUCACCCGUUCAUACUACAGGGGAGCAGCGGGAGCACUGCUGGUGUACGAUAUUACAAGGCGUGAAACCUUCAACCACCUGACCUCAUGGUUAGAGGAUGCCCGGCAGCACUCUAGCUCCAACAUGGUUAUCAUGCUGAUUGGGAAUAAGAGUGACCUAGAGUCCCGUAGGGAUGUGAAGAGAGAAGAGGGAGAGGCCUUUGCUCGGGAACAUGGACUUAUAUUCAUGGAAACUUCGGCCAAAACAGCCUGCAAUGUUGAAGAGGCCUUCAUUAACACAGCCAAAGAAAUAUAUAGGAAGAUCCAGCAGGGUUUAUUUGAUGUUCACAAUGAGGCAAAUGGCAUCAAGAUUGGCCCCCAGCAGUGUAUUUCAACAUCAGUGGGACCCAGUGCCUCCCAGCGGAGCACUCGUGACAUGGGAUCUGACUCUGGCUGCUGCUGAACAUCUGGCCUGGACUUUUUUUUCCUUCCUGGAACAGCUUCAAAUCAAUAGGCUCAAAGAAAGAGGUCUUACUUGCUUUGGCUGAGAAAAGCCUCUUUUCAAGGUGUGAUGUUUUGCCUUUCCACUUAAAGACCAGGGGAGAAUUUGGGCCCUCAUCCUCCUGUUUUAAUUUCUAAAGUGUUAGGAUCAAAGCUGAUUGUCAUGGUAGUUCAAAAAUAAAUUCUUUUAUAAACAUACACAAUCUACUCCCCACCAAGAAUUAGUAACAGAGGUCUAGGAUAUAAUGCAUGAGCACUUGAGAUUACUGAGAUCUGGAUGACUUUUGGGUCAUAGAUCCUCUGUCUACGGAUUUCAUUGAGUUUUUUCACUUGCCACUUCAUAAGAGUUGUUACAGAAGGCAUUCCUUCUACUUGAACUGCUCAAAGAUGCGGAAUACUUCUCUGCCAUCCCAUUACUAGUUUCUCUGUCUCAGAGUAACUACAAAACGUUUGAGGUCAGCAGAAUUGCUCCUGGACCUGUGGGCACUUACUAUCAUUACCUAGAAAAAACAUCUUUCCCUGUUCGUUUUGUUUUAGGGACCAAUCCUAACAUGGGUAAGUCUAGUGUCUUUCACCAAAUAGACUCCUACUGUUUCAUCACACUCACUUUUUAAGGAGACCUAUUUAGACUUUUUGCUCUAAUCAAGCUAAUCUGCUUAACUGGACAUGACAUAUUUGCUUCCAAGUCUCUGCCUUUGCACACUCCCUACUCUCCACUGACAUUAUACUCAAGUCACAUUUUUUUUUCUCCUGACAUAGGGACUUCUGAACAAUUAUUGACACAGUACCCCUUGGCUUUCAUAUGUUUAUUCAUAUGUGUAUUUAUUUGUAUUUAUGUUACUUUGUAAAUAUAUUUUAUAGUUGCUUUGUGUGUGGAAUCUUUCUCCCCUAUAUAGGUUGUAAGCUCCUUGAGAGCAGGAACCAUGCUAUCCCUUUAUUUUUGUAAACCACUUGCUCCACCAUUUCUUCACAGUGCCUAGUGCUACUCAUUGCUACUCAUGUGAUGUUGAAUUUGACUGACAUACUUAAAGACUUGGAACAGGUUUAUUUUAGGCUGCAAAGGAAACAAAAGGCCUUAGAGUCAUCUCUUUGUAAUUCUCUCUCAGCCUCUUCCAUCUGCUUACUCUAGAUUCUGUCUUGCUUUUCUUCCUCUCCUCUCUCUCCUUUCCAUGGCUCUUUGCCUCCAUUUCACGCAGCAUACAACAAGGUUGCCAGCUACCAAGCAGUCAAAUAAGUGGGUACUUCUCUAGCCAUUCUCCCUUUCAAGAGCAUAUAAUACUAGUCAACUUUGCCUUUGCUUUAUUCAUCAUGCAGCCUUCUGGGUCAGUUGCUGUAUCAUUUUGCCUUGAUGCCCCAUUCUCUUCUACAGCACUGAGGUCUUGUGAAUUUCUCUCUCUCUUUUUUUUUGGGGGGGGUGUUGAUGAAUUGUUUCAUUGUUAUUAAAUAUAUGCAUGUAUCCAAGCUGCUCAUA